AAAAAAGAUGGGCUCCUUUUUUUUACUGCAUUCAAGACCUCUAGCAUCUGAUCUGAGCUGAUUUGAUUUGACUGACGUGAGUACGGGCACCUAAAGUUCCAGGCCCUUAUUACUUACGGGAUACCAUAUACCCCCCAGUUGAGGUACCGUACUAAAGUUACACAUCAUACAUUCACCAUCGUCAUCAACGAGACUCUUUUUGCCUCUCGCUCUCUUUUUCUCCAUCCUCUUAUUUUUUGCCCGCUGUUGGUCUCAGUUGCUGUACGCCCAAACUUUUACUCCUUUCGGGCGCCAACACUCAACUUUAGGUUCAACAACGAAGAAGACGCACGCGCUGUUUCACUUUUGAUUCACUGCCACUCAACGUUGUAGCACGAUGCCUUCUCCCAAGCAAAGAAAGGUCGCUAUUGUCGGCAGCCGCUCAGUCGGCAAGUCGUCUCUAGCCGUGCGGUUCGUCGAUGGCCACUUCGUCGACAGUUACUAUCCCACGAUUGAGAAUACCUUCAGCAAGAUGAUCAAGUACAAGGGCCAAGAUUACUCAACCGAGAUCGUCGACACAGCGGGCCAGGACGAGUACAGCAUCCUCAACUCCAAGCACUUUAUCGGAAUCCAUGGCUACAUGCUCGUCUACUCAGUAUCAUCACUGCCAUCGUUCGAGAUGGUGCAAGUCAUUCGCGAGAAGAUCCUCAACCACCUGGGCACCGAGUCGGUCCCCAUCUGCAUCGUCGGCAACAAGAGCGACUUGCGCCCCGAGCAACGACAGGUGACACCCGAAGACGGACAGAAGCUCUCGGAGAAGAUACAAUGCGGCUGGACCGAGGCGAGCGCACGAUACAACGAGAACGUGGGCAAGGCUUUCGAGCUCUUGAUCGGACAGAUUGAGAAGUCGCAGAACCCGGGCGAGGCUCCGGCCAAGAGCAAUUGCAUUCUGAUGUAAAAAAAAAAAAUAAUUGCGAAUGCUGUUCAAAGAGGCAUGAUUAUCAUUUUGCCAGACAAUCACGAUCGCGAUGAUGACGAUUCAAGUCUUCUCAGACCGCGGGGCGGUCCACAAGUUCUGACCAGGCCAGGCCAGGCCAGGCCAGGCCGUCCCACGAUGGGUGGGAGUCAGUCACAGCCUCAGUCUCAGUCGCAGAGGUCACAAGGUGAUUCGGGGCUGAGACAACAAGGGCCUUGAAUAGGGUGCCCUCUUUUGGUUAAAUUCUCCGUUGCUGUCUAUUGGAAAGGGUGUGUCAAGUCGUACCAUGUCGAUGUCUACUAACUGCCCAAGUUUUUGGUGUGUUAUUUUCUUCCUCGUUUUGCCUGCCUUAACAACUAGAGUACAUGGUUCAAAUCAAUGGAAGGGUCCAGGUCCAGGUUCAGGUUCAGGUCAGGAGGUUUUUGGGAUUGGCUGCUUGGUUGCUUACUAUUAGAAAAUUUCUGUUGUACUAUCUGA